AUGGCGGCCGCGAUGGCGGCUGCUGCGCUCCGAGCCUGCACCACGCUCCCCGUCCCGCGCGCUGCCGGAUCUCUCUAUACGAUGAGCUGGAGAUUUCCUCUCUUUGGCUCUCAGCAGCAGCAAACAGAUCCAAAUUUCCAGGACAUCCCUACGCAGUCUUGGUACCCUCCCUCGGUUGUAGGUUCGUCUUCACGUCCAUCCACCCCUACCUCUUCUAGUGCUAGUCCACACCUAAGAGCUUCAGAUGAUCCGCAGUCUUCAUCCUGUGCGCAACCAUCUCCUGCUGAGGCUGCAGGGAUAAUUGCCCGUUUGAAGGAUAAGAGUAUUGAGGAGUUACAAAGGAUAUUGAAAGACAAAGAGGCAUAUAAUGCGUUCUUUAACUCACUUGAUCAAGUGAAAACCCAGAACAAUGUGCAUGAUGAGCUUGGAAAGGAGACAUUGCAACUUGCAAGGGAAAAUUUAGAAAAGGAGCAGUGGAUUUUGGAGCUUAGGAAUCAGUGCACAAUAAUUAGAACCACAGAACUGGCUGCUGCUCAAGACUGGCUUACUGAUUUGGAGAGGCAAAAGGAUGAUAUUAUGAGGUCCUAUUCCCCUGCCGCACUGCUCGACAAGCUCCAAACAUCAAUGGGAAAGCUGGACGAGGAGUCUGAGGAGCUGCCCCAGAAGUUCCUGGAGAAGUACAAGAAGCUCCGCACAGCUUACCACAAGCAGGCGUUGCUCCAUCUCGCCGGCCAGACAUCACUCCGCUGA